AUGUCGAAAAUUAUCCAGCUCACGACGAGAGCUCUUCUUUCCGUACGAGGCCCCGAUGCUGUUGGAUUGAUGCAAGGAUUGGUCACGAAUGACAUAAGACGCCUAAAAGAAGCUAAACUCAUGGCGGCUUUUUUGCUGAACACGAAAGGACGAAUUGUCGAGGAUCUGCUCAUUUACAAUCACGAUGAAGGACUGCUUGUCGAAUGUUCAAGUAAACAUCGAGGAGAACUGAAGCAGAUUUUGGAAAAGUACAAAAUGCGGAAACAAGCUGAAAUCACGGAAUCUGAGGACGCUAUAUUCUACUCGUCUGCACCUACAAACCUACCAGAUCCACGAACGGCCGGGCUUGGAUUCAGACUUAUCGGAAAACAUACGGCAAAUGCGCCAAUUGAAGAGUACACAAACUUCCGUUUUUCCGUUGGAGUUGCUGAAGGAAAGGAGGAGCUCGAUGACAUGCUACCGUUUCAGGCAAAUGGCGAUAUCUUGCAGUAUGUUUCCCUUGAUAAGGGAUGUUACAUUGGACAAGAAUUGACAGCACGAACGGCUCACACGGGAGUGAUUCGAAGGAGAAUAAUUCCGUUCACGUGCGACGAAAAGCUAGCACCAAGCGGCGAGGUUUUGGAUGAUGAGGGACGAAAGGUUGGCGCUACGGUGGCUUCAACAAACGGUGCCGGUCUUGCCCUUCUUCAGCUGAAUUCAACGGGCCGAACGCUUUCCGUCGACAAACAUCCAAUUGUACCACAUCGUCCAGCUUGGAUGCCUGAGAAGUACUACGCAACGAAUAGUGAAAAGAAG